CCAGAAGUACUUAGCUAUUGUUGCCUUCUUCACAGCAGUAAGCCGUAGGUUGAGAACGAGAUGUAAAUAAGCGAAUCUAACGGUCUAGAUAGACAGUAGACCUCUUUAUUUACUAGAAAACGACAACAUUUAGACAGAAUGGUUUUGUUUACUUGUCUAACGGUGUUUUUGCUGAGCGCCUUGGUCGAGGGAGCGGAGAAGAAAGAGGGAGAUGACGAGUGGGUUCAUCUGCCUAAUAAAUGUGAAGUGUGUAAGUUUGUCAGUAUUGAGAUGAAGUCUGCCUUUGAGGAAACGGGCAAAACCAAGGAAGUGAUUGAGAGGAACUACCGUUUCCUUGACGGCAACAAGGGAGCUCCGCCAAUCAAAUAUGUCAAGUCAGACAUCCGUUUCAUUGAGGUUGUGGAGAAUGUGUGUCAGAGGCUCUCUGGCUACAACCUACACAAGGAGAGAGAGGGCAGCAACCGCUUUGCCAAGGGUAUGUCUGAGACUUUCUCUACCCUCCAUGGCCUGGUCCAUAAAGGGGUAAAGGUCGUCAUGGAUAUCCCCUAUGAACUUUGGAAUGAAACCUCUGCAGAGGUCGCUGACCUCAAGAAACAGUGUGAUGUUAUGGUAGAGAAGUAUGAGGAGGUGAUAGAGGACUGGUACAAAGGCAGUCAGGAGGAAGAUCUCACCACGUACCUCUGUGAGAAACACGUUCUGAAGGGACAGGACGCCGCCUGUCUGAAAGAGGAGUACUCUAAGAAGAAGGGAGACGCGGCAGCCAUCGCCGAGGACAAGAAGAAGAAAAAGAAGAAGGGAGUAGUAAAGAAGAGUGAGGGAGGAGGGAGUGAGGGAGGAGGAGGGAGUGAGGGCGGCAGGCAGGAAGGAGAGAAGACGAUGAAGAAAAAGAAGAAAGAGAAGGUGAAGAAGAAGAAGAAGAAGGGGAAGGGAAAGGCCGUAUCAGCUGAGAAGGAGAGAGUGGAGAGGGACGGGGUCUCGUCGGAUGAAGAUAUCCAGAAAAAGGUGGCUCUGCCUGGGAAGAACACAGAGCUGUGAGACCCUGGAGGAAUGGAGCCCUGGGGCCUAGUCCCAAAAGGGCACCCUAUUCCCUACUUAGUGCACUACUCCCUUGGUCAAAAGUAGUUCACCACAUAGGGAAUAGGGUGCCUUUUUGGGACGAAUGACUGAUCGGGGGGCAUAAAGGAGACUUAUGCAUCUCUUUUCUCUUUCCACUUUCCUUCUCAACCCCCCCCCCCAGUGAUUAUUUGAUUUGGACCCCAAACCCCCCCCCCCCCCAGUGAUUAUUUGAUUUGGAGUCCCCCACCCAAGAAUCCUUUACUCUUGGUAGUUCUGAAUGGUUGUGUUGACAAUACUGUUGAUUCUAUGGUCUCGUGUGUGUGUGUGUGUGUGUGUGUGUGUGUGUGUGUGUGUGUGUGUGUGUGUGUGUGUGUGUGUGUGUGUGUGUGUGUGUGUGUGUGUGUGUGUGUGUGUGUGUGUGUGUGCUGUUCUCAGAAACAUUCUUGCUGCUUUUACAUGUAUUUUUGCCUCAUGCUUUGGUUACAUGUGUUCAACAGAUUUUUUGGGGGGGGUACAAAUAAUAAUAAUAAUAUUAAAAUAGAUAAGGCAUUGUUUUCUAAUGGGGCGGAACAUUACAAGGCCUCUAUUGACAAGCUCUCAAAUGACAGGCCUCUAUUGACAAGCUCUCAACUAACAGGCCUCUAUUGACAAGCUCUCAACUAACAGGCCUCUAUUGACAAGCUCUCAACUGACAGGCCUCUAUUGGCAAGCUCUCAACCAACAGGCCUCUAUUGACAAGCUCUCAAAUGACAGGCCUCUAUUGGCAAGUUCUCAACUAACAGGCCUCUAUUGGCAAGCUCUCAACUGAAAGGCCUCUAUUGACAAGCUCUCAACUGAAAGGCCUCUAUUGACAAGCUCUCAACUGACAGGCCUCUAUUGGCAAGCUCUCAACCAACAGGCCUCUAUUGACAAGCUCUCAAAUGACAGGCCUCUAUUGGCAAGUUCUCAACUAACAGGCCUCUAUUGGCAAGCUCUCAACUGAAAGGCCUCUAUUGACAAGCUCUCAACUGACAAGCCUCUAUUGACAAGCUCUCAACUGACAGGCCUCUAUUGGCAAGCUCUCAACUGAAAGGCCUCUAUUGACAAGCUCUCAACUGAAAGGCCUCUAUUGACAAUCUCUCUAUUGACAAGCUCUCAACUAACAGGCCUCUAUUGACAGGCCUCUAUUGACAAGCUCUCAACUGAACGGCCUCUAUUGACAAGCUCUCAACUGAAAGGCCUCUAUUGACAAGCUCUCAACUGACAGAAGGAGUUUUACUUUAGGUUAAUAAUUUUUUACAGACAACCGGUCAUGAAGUGAAGCAACAUAUUGGUACCUAUUUCCUUUUAAAUAUAAAUAUACUGUAUAUCAAAGAGAGUGAGAUUUUUUACAAAAACGGUAUAUUUAUUUUAUAUUUUAAAUGUAGAAUAACCCUUAUGAUUUAUUCAAGCCUCAUUGAUUUGUCUUUAGUUUGUAUUUUACAUUUUUGUUGUAGUAGUCUGCUGGAUUUUUGUUUAUUUUUGUUGUGUUUAAGAUGGUUGUUUUUCUCAGUCAGUGACUCAGCGGAGACUAUUUAUACUGUACAAAAAUAUAAACGCAACAUAAAACAAUGUAAACAAC